CGCUACCCACAAUGCCCCUGCUGGAAAACAAAGUCCCACGUGACCCGCGGCGCCGCGAGCCCAUCAUGGCGUCUCCCAGCGGCAGCCGGCCGCAGCCCGGCGGGCAGGGCGGCGGCGGCGGGGCCGCGGCGCUGCGGGGCGCGGAGGAGGACGCCGAGGGGCUGUACGUGGCGGUGGAGCGCUGCCCGCUCUGCAACACCACGCGCCGCCGCCUCACCUGCGCCAAGUGCGUCCAGAGCGGCGACUUCGUCUUCUUCGACGGCCGCGACUCCGAGAGGUUUUCAGAGAAGAAAGAAAGGCUGAUGCAUCUUAAAACCAAACAGAGAGAAUUCCAAAAACAUGUUUUGAAGGCCAUGGAAGGGAAGGAGAUAACUGAUCAGCUGAGAUGGAAAAUAAUGUCUUGCAAGAUGAGGAUUGAACAGCUGAAACAGACCAUUUGCAAAGAAAAUGAUGAAAUGACAAGACACACAGAGGGUCUUCUGAGAAUUAAAGAGGAGAACCAGAAGCAUUAUCGCAGGGCUCAGCGGCAUCAGGAGAAGAAAGAGAAGAUCCAGCGGCAUAACCGCAGGUGGGAAGACUUGGUAGAGAAAAAAACCUAUGACUUGAAAACCCAGCAUGAACAUCUGGCAAAUCUUCGCCGGACACACAUCCUGGAGCUAACGUCAGUCAUAUUUCCCAUUGAAGAAGUAAAGACAAGCAUGAGAGAUCCUGCAGAUGUGUCUACUGAGAGUGACAAUGCUAUGACCUCUAGCACUGUGAGCAAGCUCGCGGAAGCCAGGAGAACCACUUAUCUCUCUGGAAGAUGGGUGUGUGAUGACCAUAAUGGGGACACCAGCAUUGGUAUCACAGGGCCUUGGAUAACCCUUCCUAAUAAUGGAGACUAUUCAGCAUAUUACAAUUGGGUGGAAGAGAAGAAAACUACACAAGGACCAGAUAUGGAACAUAAUAACCCUGCUUAUACCAUCAGUGCUGCAUUGUGCUAUGCAACUCAGCUCGUUAACACUUUAUCUCUCAUACUUGAUGUAAAUCUUCCGAAGAAGCUCUGUAACAGCGAGUUCUGUGGAGAGAAUCUCAGCAGACACAGGUUCAUGCGGGCAGUGAAGAAGCUGAAUGCUAAUAUCCUUCACCUUUGUUUCUCUCAGCAUGUAAAUUUAGAUCUGUUGCACCCACUGCAUACGCUCAGGAACCUUAUGUACCUGGUCAGCCCAGACACUGAGAACUUGGGCAGGUCUGGGCCUUUUGAAAUUAGUGCUGAUCUUGAAGACUCCAUGGAGUUUGUGGAUCCCAGUGCCACUGGUGAAACAGAUGAGAGCGGAGACGAGCACGUCAGUGAUGAAGAGACGGAUCUAGGGACAGACUGGGAGAACCUGCCGAGCCCUAGGUUCUGCGAUAUCCCCUCGCAGCAGGUGGAGAUGCUCCAGAGUCAGAGUACGCAGGUAUCUCAGCCCAUCGCCAGCAGCAGCGCUGGUGGAAUGAUCUCUUCUGCUGCUGCGUCGGUGACCUCAUGGUUUAAGGCGUACACUGGACAUCGUUAAUGAGCAUGGGAAAAGGAUCAUAGGAUUUGUGGAAGGAAUCCCUCCCUGACAAUACUGUAGUAAACCUUACAUAUUCAGUUAAGUAGUGCCUGGAACAAAGAAAAGGUCAGACUUUGAUUUUGUAAACCAGAAAAACCUUUUUAUUUACCCAAGAUGACUGUGACAGUACCAUUUUGUAAAUUAGCUAGCUACGUACUUCUGACUGAUUCUGUGACGGCACUUUGUGUCUUGGUUCUGUCUGCAUUGUUGAGUAUUGAAGAAAAAGGACCCAGCAGCCGCCUGCUUUACCUUCUAAAGAAGAAACGGAUUUUGGAGUAUUUGGAUUAGAAUGAGUACAGGAAGAAGGCUGCUCAAUAUUCAGUCUGGACAGUGGUGCAAAUGCAGUUCACAUUUUCUUAACUCCUUACAGGGUUUUUGUUUGUGUGUUUUAAAUCUGUCUUGCAUAAUGCAAAAAUGCAUAUUUCUAAAUUUUUUUCAUUCAGGACAUGACAAUUAUGCAUUUUUAACAUGUUUUCUAAUCUCUGUUGCCAUAUUUUUAAUACAAAGAAUCAGCAUGGACAGGAAUUCACACAGCAAAUUGCUCUUGUUUUAAUUUGGUUGUGGAUCUUUACCCAGUUUUGCAGUGGAAAACUGGUUCGUUUCAUGCUGUUUCCAGUGAUCGGUAGUCUAGAAGUUUCAUGUUGUGCUGUCCAAAGCACACACAGGCUCUUUACUCUUAAUAUCAUACACCAAAGAAACACUGGACAUUUUCUUAGCUAGACCCACAUUUGACGCCGAUACAGAAGGAUUGCGUUGCUGCAAUAAUAUUUGUCAGUCAGAACACCACGUUGCCACUUCUUAUUAUAAAACCUCAUUUCAAGCUAGUUUAAUGAAGUCACUUGUUCUCCACACUAUAUGCAUUUUAAACCCUAUUCUAUUUUAUGUUUAUGGUGGGGUUUUUUUCUUGUUUACCUAAUGCCAAGAAGUUGAUUUCAUUUCACUGCAGAAAUGCUCACAGCGCAGUUGGCUUGCUUGUAAAACUGCAGGAGGUGUGAUCCUGACAGAUGCGUUCAUUAACAAGUGCUCCUCCACUUCCUCUGCCUUUGGGUAUGUAUUACUUAAAGAUGGGUUUGCUCAGUGAGGCUUCCAAUGUAUGGUUUACAUUUUAUAGUUGGAACAUUUUACUUCUCCGUGGGGUAAACUAAUGUAAAAGCAGCCUCCCAUCCCUCCAAGAUGGAAGACUUCUGCCUCUCUUCCCUGUAAUUUUCCCAUGGCGACACGGCUCGUAACGUGGAGCGCUGCGAGGCUGCACUGAGUGAUGCAUGAGCCGCAUCCCUGGCGUCGGGCAGCGCCCUGGUGCGUGUUUCAGAUACCGGCUCUGGGCCAGCUUAGCCUGCUGCCUUGUUCAGUGCUGAGUGGUUUGCGGUGGUUUUGCUCUGGCCAGCAAAAGGAGACGUGUGCUUCCUACAGGGCCCAUCAGCGCUGCCUCCUGUCUCCACUGAGGAGGGGUUGAGAAAGCAAUUUGCAUACUAAUGCUUGUGUGCGCCAGGGUGCCGCUCAAUACUGCGUCUCCCAGCCCCCCAGUCUCAUGUGGCAGCUCUUUCUCUUCGGCCUUGGGGACGGGGAUUUGGUGUCGGUAGAUUUUUUUUCUUUUCUUUUUUCUUUUUUUCUUUCUUUUCUUUUCUUUUUUUUUUAAACCAAAGACCCUUAACUCCAUACUAACAGCGCAUAUGUUGUUAGAUGAAGACAUCCUCAGUCCUACAACUGUUUUGGUCUAAAUCCAAUAGUUAGGUUUGUUUUGGGAAACAAGACAGUUAAGAGAAUAGCUAAGACUCCUCGACUACUGUAGUCUGAACUGGGACUAUGCCCCCCGUCCCUGAACCGCCAGGGCUCUCUCCGGGGACGGGGACUGUCGGCUUUGGUUACCGUUCAGUUAACGGCACUUUACUUAGUUGCAGCUAUCGGAUUCUUUGCAGUUCUGAGCAACCAGCACAUACUCAUGAGUACUGUAUAUUGGGCUCUUAGCGUCUUACAACCCUUUCUGUUUCCCCAGUUAUUUUGCACUGGACUCCACCAUCUAAAUUUUUUUUUAAGCACAUUUCAGUUGCUCUUUCAUUGCUGCCUUUGUGCUACUUAAAACCCCUAGAGGCCAGGCCAUGAUUCAGCUUUGUAUGCUUUCAUUUUCUUACUUUACAAAACUAACAGACACCUUUUUAAGCCAUAUUAACUUCACAACCAUCAUGUUUUCCAAAUAAUUUAUUUGCAACCAUGUAAUAUUCUGAAAGUGCACAAAGGCAUUGCAAGGAUGUUAAAAUGCAUUGGGAUAGGUCCUUUCGAGAAAUGUUUUUGUAACAGAAUACAGGUUGUGUUUUUUUAAAAGUGUUUUUGCACAUGUGUAGCUAAGGAAAAAAAUGUGUGUGUCCAAAACUUGAGUGCAAUUGACAGGAUUUGUUUUAUAGGUUGUUUUUUGGGGGAGGGGGGAGGGAGGGAAAGAACAUCCGUAAUUACAGAUAUUUGAAGACAGCCAGCUGAGAGUUUACAAAACAAUUUGCGUAGCAUGAAUGCAGGAAUUUCAACUUAGGCCGUGACUUUUGUCCGUGACCAGUGAUCUGGUGUGGCAAAUUUGAGCUGCCAAGGAAGGGCCUGAUUUUGAGAGCCCAUCCCUCUGUUGAAAAUCAGGUGCCUUUGAAGGGUCACAGAUGGGGUAUCUAACGGUUGCUAGUCACCUGCAAAAACUCUGGGCCUCUCUCUCUGCAACUUCCGAACUAGAUGUAACUAAACACAAAUGGUUUUUUUUCUAAAUUUUAUUGUAUUAUUGCAAUAAAUCUUUAACAGAAAUUUUUUAAAGUUGUA